AUGUACCAGCUUGAGCGGCGCGCCAUAUUUUCACAAAAAUGGAUCCUAGCCAAUUUCUCCUUUUUCCUCAUUCGUGACCCAAGUGGCACCAUCAAGGGCUUCCGCGCGUAUCCCGUUGAACAAGAGAAAUGCUGUACGGCCAGCAUUUUGAACUGCAAAUAUCACGGUUGGUCCUAUGGCCUGAACGGCAAUCUGGCGAAGGCUCCCCGUUUCGAUACCGUCGAAUGGUUCGACAACAGCCAACAGGGCCUGCUGCCUAUUCAUGUCCAUGUUGACAGGAAGGGUUUCGUAUGGGUCAAUCUAGAGGCCACCAGUCAUGGAGAAGAGCCGAGCGUUACAUGGGAAGGGCAGUUCCAAAACGUGGACCAAAGCGAAAGGAUGAACAGGUUCGACUUCGCAGAGGAAUUUAGCUACGACCACGAAUGGGAUAUGGAUGUCGACGCCAACUGGAAGGGGCUCGUUGAGAACUACAACGAGUGUUAUCACUGCCCCACUAGCCAUCCAUUGAUUGCCGGGGUUUCCGACGUGUCGAGAUACCGCGUUGAGCCGAACGGCGACAACAUCCUCGAGCAUGAGAUCAUCAACAAGGACCCAGAAGCCAAGCAGUUCCGCAGAUCAAUCACGUAUUUCUACCCAAGCACAUCUGUGACAAUCACCGAAAACAUGUUUUACAUCCAGCGCAUGACCCCUGUGACAUCAACAACAAGCAAGAUCGAGAAUGAGGUCUAUCGACAUAAGAAUGCCACAGAUGAAGAGUUCGCAAAGAUCAAUGCCUUCUACCACCAAGUCCUCGCCGAAGACAAAGACCUCUGCGAUGGCUCGCAGAGAAACAUUAACGCCGGUGUUUAUGUCAAUGGAGAAUACCACCCUGAAAAGGAGAAAGUGAGCAGACUUCCCCGCCUGUGGUGCCACCACUGGACUGACAUUAAAUUAGGGUCCACUGCACUUCCAAAUGACGCUUCGUAG